GAUUCUUAAUGGAUAAAGAAGUAGGAGACAAGAAUGGGGAGGGUAAAGCUUAUGGCAAUCUUGGCAAUGCAUACAAAAAACUGGGAAAUUUCAAAAAAGCCUUAGAGUAUCACAACCUAGAUCUUAAAAUAGCAAAAGAAGUAGGAGAUAGAUUUGGGGAGGAUGGUGCUUAUUGCAAUCUUGGCAAUGCUUAUCAAGGCCUGGGCGAUUUAAAAAAAGGCGUAGAGUAUCACAACCUGUAUCUUAAAAUAGCUAGAGAAGUAGAAGACAAACAUGGGGAAGGUCAAGCUUAUGGAAAUCUUGGCAAUUCUUAUUUUAUUCUGGGUGACAUUACAAGGGCCAAAGAAUCGUACAACCUACAGCUCAAAAUUGCAAAAGAGGUCGAAGACAAAACCUUGGAGGCAUCGGCCUACUAUUCAUUAGCAAGUGUUUUCACAUCGCUGGGUCAACUGCCAAAAGCCGUUAAACAUUACCAGACCAGCAUAACCUUAUUCAAUGCUCUGAGGAUACUUCUAAAAUCUAAAGAUGAGUGGAAAGUUAAUUUUCGAAAUCAGUAUCAAAUGGCGUAUACGGGUUUGUGGAGAGUUCUCGUGAAACAAGAUACGAUAGACGAAGCUUUGAUUGCUGCUGAGAAAGGACGAGCUCAAGCUUUGACUGACCUGAUGGAAUCCAGUUUUUGUUGUGAAACAAGUCAGCCUAAGGGAUUCGAUGAAGAUUUCGUUUUAAAGAACAUUCCAUCAAACAUUGUCUUUCAGGCAGUGGACGGAGAUGACGUCAAUCUUUGGGUUGUGUCCGAAGGAAAGCAAGUUCAGUUGAGACGAAGUAAACUCAAAGGCUCGGUGUCAGCCGGGGAGAACAGUGGAGCUAGCCAGUCCUUUGGGUCCUUCGUCCUCGGCAUCUAUACACAAUUUGGUGUUCGUUCAAAUGUGAGUUGCGAGAAUCGAUCUUUGAAUGCUUUGAGGGAAUGCCGUUCAGAAGUAGUUGAGAAAAGAGGGGAAAACACCCCUCAACCUCCUGUCGAAGAUAACAAAUGCUUGAACACUUUGUAUGAUAUCAUUAUGAAGCCGGUGGCUGACCUGGUUAAAGGGGAUGAGCUCCUCCUUGUUCCGGAUGGACCCCUCUGGCUGGCUCCCUACGCUGCAUUUAAGGAUGAUAAUUCUAAAUACCUAUGUGAAUCAUUCAGAAUCCGACUCGCUCCAUCGCUAACAAGUCUCAGACUCAUUGCCGAUUCCCCUGAAGAUUAUCACAAAAGCAGUGGUGCGCUACUUGUGGGAGAUCCGUGGGUAACCGACAUUCCAUGGGUUGACUCAAAGGGGAAAAGAAUUUUCGAGCAGCUUCCGUGUGCUAAAAAGGAAGUAAAAAUGAUCGGAAAGAUUUUGAAUGUCGCACCGCUCACUGGUAGACAGGCAACAAAGUGUGAAGUGUUGAAAGGGCUCAGUUCUGUUGCUUUAGUUCACGUUGCAGCUCACGGAAGCAUGGAUACUGGUGAAAUUGCUCUCACUCCAGACCCAACGAAAGCACCGUCAGAGCUAACAAAGGAGGAUUUCAUAUUAACAAUCGGAGAAGUGUUAGAUUCUCGACUUCGCGCAAAACUUGUUGUACUCAGUUCCUGCCACAGUGCUCAAGGCGAGAUCAAAGCUGAAGGUGUGGUCGGCAUUGCGCGCGCCUUUAUGGGGGCUGGUGCUCGAUCUGUUGUGGUGUCCCUUUGGGCCAUUGAUGACAAGGCUACCUUAGAGUUCAUGGAAUGCUUCUAUCAUCACCUCGCAGGAGGUAAACGCGCAAGCGAGUCACUGAACCUGGCCAUGAAAAGCCUCAGAGAAUCAGACAAGUUCAGCGACGUCAAACACUGGGCACCCUUCACGCUGAUCGGAGACGACGUCACUCUGGACUUCAGUGUAAAGGAAGAAAAAAAAUUAUAAUUUAAGAUUGCAUCACUGAAAAUUGACUCAUUUCUUUUUAUCUUCAAGAGAAGAUUCACAGUAUGUCACAGGAGCCUCGUAAGUUUUCCAUAUGUUUCUCAAUUUUUGGAAGUUUUGACUAUUAACUUGUACCCAUUUUACUUGUAUUUUAAAUAUGAUCGAUCAUUAUGGUGAAGAAAUAAAAAACAGACUACUUGAUCAUAUCUUGAACAGUAGAAACUUCUUAAUGCCUGCCUUUCGAAAUUUAAAUGCGUGCCAAGAGAAUGAAAUGUAACACGGCUACCAUAACGAAUGUCUGUAGUUGAAUGACGCCUACGCGGUUCAGUUGUAGACUAAAAUGACACUCAACUCCGUUUCUGUUUUACAAUAAGUUCUUUUCUGAAUUUUAUAUCAACAGUAAGGUUAAUCACCAGAUGUUCAUAAAUAAAAUAUUCAUCAUCACCAAAAGUUGGCGAAUCUUUGAUGAGCAGAAUUGGUAGCUGUAGGUCGAAAUUUCCUGGUUUAUCUAUCUACAUGAUGAUUGACAUUUUCUUAAAAACUGAUAUUAUCUUUAAAAAAAUAAGGGGUUAUUUUUUCUAAAGUUUUUUUCAUAUGCAAUUCACCUAAAUUCCGCCUAAUUCUAUUUGGUGCCAAGAUUGCCAUUCUAAGCAUGAUUUGAAGAACCAAACAUCAAACAUGACCAGAGUAACUCAUCAUAUUUUUGAAGAUGCGUUUGAGAGAUGAACCCCACCUCAUUCAGAGUCAAAGGGGUGUGGUUAAUUUGAGUUGUUUGUUUCAUUCAAACCCUUAAGUGUUUAUUUUAAACGGUUUGAGUAAAGAAACCAUGUGUUUGAGACAUGAACCCCACUUCAGUUAGAAUCUGUUUAAUGUUUUUCUUUAGUUUGAACGUAUCUUACUAUAAUUUAAAAAUAUCUUCGCUAUUUGGAACAUUUUAUGUAUUUAGGACUGGCUGUGAAGUCAAAAGUUAAAGAUAUAUUGUAUCCCAGCUAUUUUAGAGGAGAUUUUCUAAAAUGAAUCUUAACUUAGCAGAAUCUGUUAACUACCAUUUGUGUUCUGGUAAUAGUAAACCUUGCACAUUGUUGAAUAUGAUGUAACGUAGGAUUUUUAAAACAAGCUUGAACAGUUUUAACUAAAUAUUCUUUGUAUAAUGAUGAUAAUAAUAGUAAUAAUAAUAAUAAUAACAAUAAGAACUUUUAUUUUUAUAGCGCUCUUAUCCUAA